AUGAAUGAUGAUAAUUCUCGAGUACUUUUAUAUUAUGCAUCAACUGAAACAGUUGUUUCUGCAAGUGAACAAAAUGAGCUUUAUAGACGUUUGAUUGAAAAGAAAAGGGUUGGUGUCUUAAAAAAAAACAAAAUGCUUUUUAAACCCGCUAAAUUACAACGUCAAUCAUCUUUAUGUCAUUCAUAUCAUAUUGCACAUAUUCAUCAUAUAACGUCAUUUCAUAAAACCAAUUUAUCUCAAACAACAACAACAAAACAAGAAUUAUCAUUUAUGAAAACAACAAGUAGUUCAACAAAUUUAACUGAAUUACUUUCAUCAACAUCACUUGUUAUUGCGAGUACAGCAUCAACAUUUUCAUCAUCAGCAGCAAUGAUAGAUAAUAAUUAA